GUUGGCCGAGGUUAUCUGAAACCAGAUGCAACGAAAAUCCGAUCGGAUACGCCAAAGCCGUUAAUGGCCCUUUACGAGCGGUGUAUAAAGUUCAGUAGAGACGAAAGGCCUGAAUUCAACGAGGUGCUUGAUAAAUUACGUGGAAUUUCUCUCCCUAAACUGACACGAUCGACGUCUGCUCCCAGUUUAUACCGUGGUGUUGUUGAGGCGGUUGAAACAGCAGGCAACUUUAGCUCAAAUACAUCACGGACAACUCAUCAUCUGUGGGGAUAUCUAUGA